GGACGGGGUCCCAUAAAAAAAAAGAGAGCCGGACGCCACGGCCGCCCUCAACAGCAAAACUGCAGCAAGAGCGGUCGGCCUCUGCCCACAGGCUGCACGCCGCCCCAAGGCCCUGAGUCCUCAAAAACCCGGCAAAUGGCAGCCCAGCGCCCUCAAACAACCCGUGGCCCGCCGCGCCGUAUCGGGCCGCGCCAGCUGCACAAAGGCCAGGGAGCGUCAGAAGCUCUUUCGACCUCUCUUCAACUUAAUUCCAGGGGCUUUUCCGAACUCCGUUUGGCCUUCGACGAGACAAUAUUUCCUCCCACCCCCCCGACCCGUCGCACCGCAUCGGGGCAUCCAUCCUCAUUCAACCAUCAUCAUCAUCGUCAUCGUCAUCACCACCUAUCAUCACCGCCUACCCAUCCUUUCCCAAACCAAGAAACUCCAUCACUCAUGACCCUGACACCUGACACUUCCCAACCAACCAACCAACCAACCCUCCCAGUCAAAAAAGCAAUUUCACCCACACCCACAGACAGACAGCCAGACAGAAAAAAAGAGUCAUUGAGAGAGAGAGAGAGAGAGAGAAACGACGGGGGGCCAGCCACUAGUAGCCACGAUCCCAGAGAUCCGAUCGCCCCCGCCCGCUCGCUCAGGCAGGGCAGCAGCGGCACAGCUUACUACAUACAUAGCACGUACAGGCGACCCCGGGCGCGGGCGCAUGGCCAGCAGCGAGCCAGCGUGCCUCGCGACACCCCUGCUGCAGGCGCGGCCGGUCAUGUGACUGCGCCGAGGGAGGGGUGGUGGUGGGUGCGAGGAUGCCACUGGUGGAUGGCCCUAGGAUCCUGUACUGUAUGGGCUGCUGCUGCUGCUGAGGUAGGUGGUGCUUGGCUGCGCGGGCUGCUGAAGCCGUUCCUCCCCCCGGGCCCCCAUGUUGAUGGGUUGACGGAUGCGCGGGUGAGCGAGGGGGACGCUGCCUGAAUGGCCAUGCGCGCGCGGAGCUGGGCUCCUGUCUGUGUCUGUGUCUGCGUGUGCAUGCCUCGGCGCUGAUGCUUGCCGCAGGGUUGCGCGAUGCCGGCCAGCCAGUGCGAUGGCUGCGUUGGAUGGACGGAUGCGAUGAGCAGACCUAAUAUGAUGCGCUGCCGCAUGCGAGCCAUGGACGGAUAC